GCCGGUCGGCCGAGUUGCGUUCGGGUGCUAUCUCCACUCCUGCAGGGAAGAGCCCUCCGCGAGCGCGCGGAGUGGGUGCAGUCCCUUCGCUCUACCCUUGGGGUCCAAGCAGGAAUUUUUUCUUGGGUUGCCGGAUCUCUGGGAAGCCGUGUGUGCAAGCCCCGGGUGCAGUAUCUGCCAUCCAGUGCAAAAAUACACAAAACUCUAAAAUCACCGUGAGACCACAUACAGCAAACAUGAAUGAUAUUUCCCAAAAGGCUGAGAUUAAAGAAAUGCUUGCUUCUGAUGAUGAGGAAGAGGUAUCUUCGAAAGUAGAAAAGGCUUAUGUCCCAAAGCUAACAGGAACUGUUAAAGGUAGAUUUGCUGAAAUGGAGAAACAAAGACAAGAGGAACAAAGAAAGAGAACGGAGGAGGAACGAAGACGCAGAAUUGAGCAGGAUAUGUUAGAGAAGAGGAAGAUCCAACGUGAAUUAGCAAAAAGGGCUGAGCAGAUUGAGGACAUAAACAAUACGGGAACUGAAUCAGCACCAGAGGAAGGAGACGAUUCACUACUUGUAACAGUGGUACCUGUCAAAUCACACAAAAGUUCUGGAAAGAUGAAGAAUUUUGAGGAUCUAGAGAAAGAACGAGAAGAAAAAGAAAGGGUCAAACAUGAAGAAGAUAAAAGAAUAAGAUAUGAAGAACAACGGCGAUCUCUCAAGGAAGCAAAGAGUCUUUCAUUGGUCAUGGAUGAUGAACUAGAAAGUGAGGCAAAAAAAGAAUCUCUUUCUCCUGGAAAACUGAAACUAACUUUUGAAGAAUUGGAAAGACAAAGACAAGAAAACCGGAGGAGGCAAGCUGAAGAGGAAGCAAGACAACGUUUAGAAGAAGAGAAACGUGCUUUUGAAGAAGCAAGGCGGCAAAUGGUAAAUGAAGAGGAGGAAAACCAAGACACAGAAAAAAUUUUAAAAGGGUACCGCCCUGGUAAACUCAAACUCAGUUUUGAAGAAAUAGAAAGACAAAGGAGAGAAGAUGAAAAAAGGAAGGCAGAAGAAGAAGCCAGGAGGAGAAUAGAGGAAGAAAAGAAGGCAUUUGCUGAAGCAAGGAGAAGCAUGGUAGUAGAUGAUGACUUCCCAGAGAUGUAUAAAACAAUUUCUCAAGAAUCUCUUACACCGGGAAAACUGGAAAUUAAUUUUGAAGAAUUACUAAAACAAAAAAUGGAAGAAGAAAAACGACGAACAGAGGAGGAAAGGAAGCAUAAGCUAGAGAUGGAAAAACAGGAAUUUGAACAACUGAGACAAGAAAUGGGAGAGGAAGAGGAAGAACAUGAAACCUUUGAAUUGAGUAGGGAAUAUGAAGAAUUAAUCAAAUUGAAAAGAAGUGGCUCUAUUCAAGCCAAAAAUCUAAAAAGCAAGUUUGAAAAGAUUGGACAAUUGUCUGAAAAAGAAAUACAGAAAAAAAUAGAAGAAGAACGAGCAAGAAGGAGAGCAAUUGACCUCGAAAUUAAAGAGCGAGAAGCAGAAAACUUUCAUGAGGAAGAAGAUGUCGAUGUCAAGCCUGCAAAAAAAAGUGAGGCCCCAUUUACUCAUAAAGUGAACAUGAAAGCUAGAUUUGAACAAAUGGCUAAGGCAAGAGAAGAAGAAGAACAAAGAAGAAUUGAAGAGCAAAAGUUACUACGGAUGCAGUUUGAACAAAAGGAAAUUGAUGCGGCACUACAAAAGAAAAGAGAAGAGGAGGAGGAAGAAGAGGGUGGUAGCAUCAUGAAUGGCUCUACUGUUGAAGAUGAGGAGCAAACGAGAUCAGGAGCUCCGUGGUUCAAGAAGCCUCUAAAAAACACAUCGGUUGUAGACAGUGAGCCAGUUAGAUUUACUGUUAAAGUAACAGGAGAACCCAAACCGGAAAUUACAUGGUGGUUUGAGGGAGAAAUACUGCAGGAUGGAGAAGACUACCAAUAUAUUGAAAGAGGAGAAACUUACUGUCUUUAUUUACCAGAAACUUUCCCAGAAGAUGAAGGAGAGUAUAUGUGUAAAGCAGUCAACAACAAAGGCUCUGCAGCUAGUACCUGUAUUCUUACAAUUGAAAGUAAGAAUUAAUCACUUAAUCUAGAACUUUUAUUCUAUUUAAAUUUUUUUCCUUUAAAAAAAAAAUCACUUUUCUUCUUCUCUUUUUUAGCUGACGACUACUAGCUCCCCUUCCCUCUCCCUGGAACUUUCUCCCCCCCCUCCACCCCCGACUUUCUUACUACACCCAUGUUUUCUGUGGCGGGGCCAAAACGGAAACCAGAAGUGCCACUAUGUUGACUUUUUAUUCCUUUUCAUAACAGUCUUCAAAACACAAGCUCAUCUAAGGAAUAACUUCUUCCUUUCCAAAUGAUCACCAGAUUCAUCGCCAUAUUAUGCAGAAGUUAAGGUGUAUCUAAUGGGGUAAAGUGGAAAAUUUACUCAAUUAUUAAAAUACAUUAUUUUGCAUGAAAGAAUGUCAUUUAUGAGCUAUUUUCACCUAAAAUUAGUCCAAGAUAGUAAAGACUUAAUGAAUUUGGAACCUAUCAAUUUGAGUUUUCCUUAAUACAUCAUUUUCCUUGUAGCUUCAAAGUCUUUCUGAAGCAGAGAGGGGAAAGGGGUGCCAAUUCCUUUCAAGGGAAAGGGGGAGCAUGGAGAACAAAAGGAGGACUUUAAAAACAAUUGCCAGAGAAAAUUUAAUGGAAACCACUGCCUACAGAGUUCUGAAUGUUGAGAAUAUUAACAUGUACUUUUCAAAUGUGUGUAAUACAUAUUCAAGCUUAUAAAGCAAAUUUAUGUUGUGACCUUGCCUGAACAAAUUAUCUUUUAGUGAGAAAACUUUGUAUCAGUAGUUUAUGCAGGAGAAAACACUUUUAACAUAAUGAACGAUUUUAAGAUCUAAGGAAAAAAAUGGCACAAUCUUCAAUUUUAAAAUCUGGUCUUCAAGUUUGUAAAUAAUUAACUACCAUGUUCUAGUACCAAGUUGUUUUAUAUUUUAGUUUUCUGGAAGACAAUUUUACAAUGUAAACUCAAUAAAGUAACUUCUGUAUUAAAAAAUAAAGUCAAUAUUUUAGAAAAGAAAAACACUCCUUUAUAAUAUUGAUCAAUGUACAUUUAUUUUUUUUAUUGAGGAAACCAUAAUCAAUACAAAAUUACAGCAAUCAUGUGCCCUUUUACAUACAAUGUCAUUAAAGCAAACUCUAAACCACAGUUUGUAAAGUAUUCAAUUUACCUCAAGUCCAAGCUGCAUCUCCCUAAGACACUGUUCCCAUCACAGUAGCCAUUUUAAGCCAAUCUUCUUUUUACACACGGGUAGUUUCUGUAGAGAACACUUUUCUCAGGACGAAAAUGCAUCGAGCAUGCAUAAGAAAAAAUAUAUAUAUAUAUGCGCAAAUACAUUUAAGAGUUUCUAUAGGGCUAUCAUUGAAGAAAAUAAAACCUUCGGAUUUGCUUCUUAAAAGCACCAAUUUAAAAAAAUCCCUCAAAUUUAUACUGUGGCAAGAAAACUCAAGUGACUAAACAAAAAAUGUUAUUUUCAGAGUCAAAAUUAUCUUUAGUAUUGUUAAAAUACAUUUUAAAAUGAGGCAGAAUUUUCAGAAAAUAAAAAGACAUCCUCAUUGAUCAUUUCUACAUCCUUAUUCUAGACAACAGAUGUUUGCAGAUAGAGCUGGUUCUCCUGGCAGAGUAUUCAAACAAAUGUUAUCACUUCUGCAUAUAUUCCUAUUUCCCUCUUAAGGUACUCUGCUACUCCUACCCAAACCCACCCUUAUGAAUUAACUACCAAGGUAUUUGUCUAAGGAAAUAUUUUAUGUUUAUAAACAACUAGUAUCAAAUCACUAGUUUUAGUAUUAAAACCAUUUUCAUUAGUUAAAAAUAAAAGUAUACUUUUCAUUUCUAAAAGAAACAUCAAACCAUAAGAAUUCUACAUAACACCACACUAAAAUAUCUUUAAAAAAUGAAACAUUGUCAAGUUUUUAAGUGCUAAAUAAAAUAAAUCAGUUCAAUUUCAAUCUAAACAUUGUUUCUACCACUCCUAACAUCCAUUGCAUUCAAGUCAACUGGCUCACCUUUUCCGCUUUCCAUUUAUUUCAAGGUUAAGAUUAGCGCCAUUUAAAAAAAUGCAGUAUCAGUGAAGGCUUAUGGUAAUGAAUAAAAAAAACUCUUGAUAUAGAAACAAUGCCCCAAUUAUCUAUUAGCAUUCAUCUAUAUUUUAUAAAAAUGCAAACUACAACUAACCAAAACUUGACAGGCUCUUAAGGUUCAAAGAGCUCCUUUGUAUUAUCAGUCUUAACAUACCUAUCAUUGACUAUUAAAAUAAUACAUACACACACAUAAAUGUGGUGCAGUAACUAUAUAACUUACAAAAUUUAACAGUUCAUGGAACAUUUAAGAUCAAGCGAAUAGCACUUUAAAAUGAAAAGUGAUCAAAAGCAGGUACAUUACACCCUAUACCAUAUUAUGUAUGGGAAUACAUUUCAUAUUUCUCAAUUAUGAUUUGCCAAUUUUACCUUCUACAUUGAGCCCUUCUAUGGUCCAUGCUCAUCGGCUCACCAAUGGCAUACACUCAAAGGAUUCCUCUUUAUGGGUAACUAUCUCAGGACCUGAUUUUAUGAGCUAUGAUUUGGUGCUUGCAGCAUCUUCAGCACUGUGUGUGAAAAUGAAGGCAGUAUUUUUGAAUAUUUUUCUUUGUUGUAGAGAUAAGCAGGAGUUUUUAAAAGGAUCAGCACAUUUUAGAAAUUGAAUAAACAAAACUGAUAUGAUGCUGCUUUAAUACAUUCAUCUUAACUCAAAAUAUGUACCAGUUAAAAUCAUCUAUAAGAACACAAACAUUUUAAACUGGCAAAAAAAAUAAAUGCAGCGUCAGUUAUUUAAGUAUUAUAAAUCAGAAAAAUACUGGUUGCUAUACAGAUUAUGAAAGGUUAUUUGCUAUACAGUUAACAUUUCACUGAUGCACAUGCCUUAUCAAAAACAUACUGCCAGUAUUCCUUAUAAUUUUUUCCUUUUUCAGUGUAUAUAAAGAUUAUGAAAACUGAAUUGUCUAAAAAAAAAAAGUCAUAAUAAAACUCUGACCCAUAAUGUCCUUACUGAAUUAUUAUACUUCAAGAAUGAGAAAAAAAUAAAGACUCCAUAGCUUUGGAGGGCAAAGAAAAUGUCCUGUCAAUCAUAAAGAGAUUGUGAAGGCUGUUGAAGUUUCUAACCAAGUGAUUUCCUAAAUCUAGAAAACUGUAAUUGCCCUUUCUUAAUUUUAACAAUCCCUCUAUAGUUGGGAAAAGAUUACAAAAAGUUUGGAUGUAGUUCAAUUAUAGCAGCAAUCUACUCAUCAUUUUUUUGUUUUCAUAAAAAAACAAAAAAACAAAAAAACAAAAAAACAAAAACCAUUACCCAGAAAUGUAAACAGUUGUUUGAACAACUUACAGACUUUCCACUGAAAUGGUAGCAUAAAUAACAAAAUACAUUUUGGGGAAGCAGUAGCAGAUUGCUUUUGAAUUACACAACCACAAAAACCUCACAGGGACAACAUUAAUGUACUGAAAUAUUUAUUUAUAUAUGUCCUUAGGUUGUGCUUACCUGUUGCUUUUUGCAGCAGAACCUAAGGUGGAAGGUCUGGGAAGGCACUGUGAAGUAUAAAUAAUUGCACUGUUUGCAAUUAAUAAAGAUUUUAAACCUUAAAUGAAUCAAAAUCAACAGCCUCCAAUUUGUGAGUUAUGAUACUGAAUCCAACUGAACUAUUUCUUCAGUUUAAUUAAUAAAUGCACCACUUUCCUAAAAGGUCAUCUAUAAAACAGUAUCAUGCAAAAUACUGAAAUUGUUCAUGUCAAUAACCCUACUCUUAAAGAUAACACAUAACUAACUCCUUAUUAAACUUGAAAACUAGAACUAUAUAUCCAUAUCUAAAUAAGGGCAAGGGAAGUCACUCCAGGUUCUAUAAAACAAUCAAAAACAUUUCAAAAUAUCUAUAAUGAACUGAACUGCUAUUUUCUACCCUGUAAGUAAUCUCAACAUUUAUGUCCUUGUACAUCUCCCUUUAUAUUCAGAACAACUGGUGCUCCCCACCAAUGAAAGAACUAAUAUAUAUUUAUGAAAUGGUGUUAAACUGCUACAUUGCUUAAUAUUUGCAAACUGAAAACCACUUCUGUCUGAUACAUUUCAAGUCUUUCAUAUUAAUAUAGAAGAUAUGCAUACGGUACACUGAAAAACAAUAUAUUUUAGGAGCACCAAUGAGUAAUACUAUUCAAUUUUAAUGAUCAGUUUUCUUUAGCUAUAGCUAAAGCAUAUCAAAAAUACUUACCCAUUAAGCUCACUUAAAAAAAAAAUACAGACCUAUGUAUUAUUCUAUGUUAAAUUAAGAAGCAGUUAUGGUUUUCCAAGAUAUCAGCACUGUAUUCCAACAUAAUAUUCACACAAAGUAUGGCAUUUACAUUAUGUGGAACAUUGACAAAAAGAUACUGUUGCAGUUCAUCAAUUUGUCAUUCUGAUGUACUUACAGUGCAAUGCUCCUUGAAGGAACACAAUCAAGGAUGAUACACAGCACAGUCCUCCUCACCCCUACAGAGCUAGUUCUAUACUGGCUGGAUCAAACCUGCACUUCAACAGACAAUGGCAAGACAGACUGUAUUUGCAUGUAGUCUAAUAUAUUAAUAUGCAAAGAGCCAACAAAUAUGCAAAGAGUAAACAAUGGAUUUCAACAAAAUAUCAGAACUUCAGCAUGAGUGUUAUAGAGUAAUAAAGUGAUUUCAAGUACAUAAAAAAUUUAAGUUGAUUCAAUGAUUGGACUUGUGCAUUUACAGAACAAAGCUUAUCUAUACUGCAAAAAGAAAAAAAAAAAGAAAGAAAAAAGCUUGAACAUUUCCAUACCCCAAUAAUGUUUCAAUGGUAGAUGCACUGUAGCUAUACUUUUUGCAUACUAUUCACUUUUCUACCCUAAAUUUAAAAAGAAACACACUAAUAUUGUAUACAUUGAAAGUUUCUUUACAUGAAAAACUUCUUAAUCAACUACUCAUAUUCACUAUCCGAAAACUGUUUAAAAUUAGUUAUGCUGAAACAGUCUUGGAAAUCAAGUAAUUAUUAAAUUAAGAACAGAAAGGUUAACUGUUAUAGCAGCAGUACAGAUCUGAAACAGUGGUCAUGUAUAAAAGGAAAUUUCACUGUUAAUGCAAUGGAAGUAUGCCAAAAGAUCAUUGUACACACAUGCAGGUUUUAAUCAAACAGAAGGAAAAAAAAAUGAAGAUAUCAGGAUUACUUGUGCUGAAACAGCCAAAUACAAUAAAUGGAAAAGAUCCUCCAAUCUACUACUAUACUGCAAGGGGGAAAAAACAUGCCAGUGUUUAAAAACUCAAUUAAUAUUUCAUGGGGAAAGCUUAUAUAUUUGUGUAUAUGUAUCUUAAUUUAUCAUUGCUAAGAAAUUAUGAAUCCUUUAAAUACCCACAUAUCCAACUUACCGACACAGGAGGUUUCAUAUCAUUUAUUGUAAAGCACAAAACAGGCAUUUUAAAAGUGAAAGUAUACAUUGAAAAAGUACAUUUAUAUCACAAAGCAUUGACCACAUAAUAGUUGCAAAUACAUUUGCUGGAAUGUGUACAUCUACACUAAAUACUAAAAACAAACCAAUUUUCAUUUCUACACAGAAAUAUUAACCUCCUAUCAGUAGUGAUAGAUAUUUUGUACAUUUUCAAAAAAAAAAAAAACACUAUUUUAAACCAAAAACAAAU